AUGGAGCUGUACGAUUCGGCACGGUAUGGGUCGGUUUUCGGUAACAUUUUCCUCUCGACCGAGGCGUCCGAUCCGGGUGAUGGCGGCCCAGGACCAGCGGGACCGAAAAAGGACUCGAAAGCAGCACUGCUCCUGGAACCGACGCUCGACCGGUACGAGGUAGCGGCGAAUGCUUCGCGUUUUGCCGUUUAUCAUGCGGUCCGGUCGAUUGUGCUGGAACGGGAAACGACAACCCGCAGAACGGUCGCUUCCAUGAGGAUAAUCGAUACGGCACUGGAUGAACCGAAAUCGAUUGGCAGCAGCAGCGCCCAGGCGGGUGCGGGUUCUCGCGUACCGCAGAUUGUGCUCGCCGGGCUGGACAGUUUGUAUGGAAUAAUCGCCGAAACGCGCCACAGUCAGCCACGGAUUGCUACGAAGGCGCUACGGUCGCUGUACGACAUAUUGCAGGGUCAAGUUCCGGAAGGAAUGCGCCACGAACCGGACGCCGUGUUUGGUCCGCUCUUCGAUCUACUGCUAGAGCUGGCCACCACUACCAGCCCGUCGUCGACCGCACCCGGGGCCUGGUCAUCGCUGGCCUGCUCUACGCUCCUAUCGCUGGCCAUUGCCAAAGGCGAUACGGGCCGUAUUGUGCGUGCCGUGGCUGCGAUUCUCAUGAGUUCGGCCCACGGGUCAGCUACGGGUGGUUCGUUCAAUGCCGGCGGAACCGGUACGCCCGCCAGUGGCUGCGUACAGAUGCCCCAGAGUGUCGCGAAGCUUCAGCGUACGGUAUUUUCCAUGGCAACGGGGAGGGCUACGAUUGCGGACUACUUUCGCUGUGGCAUUCCGCGUGGCUGUUUGAUUGGAGAGUUCCGGCUACCGCUGGAGUCAUCCACCGUUUAUUCGGUGGCGUCGGAUGGAAAGUUUCUGUAUCUGGUCACCGCGAAGGGUGUGCUUAAGAUCGGUUCCGGCUUCAGUGGCACGCAGGAGGGCUUAAUUUAUGGCGCCGUCACGAUAGCGAUGGCCAAAAAUGAGCUUCCCGGUUGGAUCGGUUACGCCGGGGGCAAGCUGUAUUAUGGGCGCAUCAGCAAGGGAAACGUGAACAACGGAUGGACAUUCCAGCUGUACGAUCCGACCACCCUGACGGCCCUUGGUACGGUUCAAACGGCACCAAUUCCGAUGCUACAGCGACGGUUCGGGCAACUGUUCUCCGAUGGAGACGCCAUCUGUUGGCUCGGUGCCGUAUCCGAUUCCUUACGCGACGGACCAGAGGUCGAGGAUCAAGAGGAGGACAUUCUGGUCGUGAAGCAACUGUAUCCUCCCGCACCGAGCGCCCAGCCCGGUUCCAUUCCGGGUGCAUCGGAUGUUCGCCCGGAGUUGCGUCUAAAGUUGGCCAAAAAUCGUUAUCAUACGUACGGUUGGGCCGCGUUCGAGGAGGAGUUGGGUGAAAACAGUGCCACCGCAGUCGGUGCAGGGGUGCCGGGUGCCGGUCCCCACUCGACAACCGUCGUUUCGCCGCCCAUCCUCGAUGGCGGUAACCCGCAGCAGGGUGGCUCCAUCCAGUCGAUCUCCUGUGGCAAAGAAUUCGGCCUGGUGCUGGUCGAAGAUGGAUCGGUCAGUGGUGGGAAAGUGUUCUACUGGGGACGAAGCACCGCGCUGGGGCUGAAACUGUCCGUCAACAUGGCCGGUGCAUCGGGCUGUGUGAUGGGUGCACCCAAAGCGACCGUUACGAUGAAGCUAACCGAGCUGACGGCACUCCCGAAGGGCAUUAGCUACUUCCGGCAGGUGGCCGUCGGUCACGAAGCGAACCACGGUCUGCUGCUGACCAACGAUGGAACGGUGUACUUCACCGGAACGGCCAAACGGGGCGAAGAUGGCGAACUGGCCAAAACCAAUCGCCGGCAACCGAAAGCGAUCAAACCGAAGCGUCUCAACAAACUGGAUGGUCACUCGGUUACAUUCGUUGCCUGUAACAAUGGAACGUCAGCGUUUGUCACGAAAGAGGGCAAACUGAUCAUGUACGGCAAGGACGCUAACUACUGUGAACCGAACGGUGUCGUCGGCGGACUGGCAGAUGUCGUCAUCAGGAAGGUGGCCCUCGGAAAGGCACACUGCGUUGCGGUGGACGCCCUUGGGCAGCUGUAUACCUUUGGCCUCAACAACAAGGGCCAGUGUGGGCGCAAGUUCCAACGGGAACGGAAUGCCGAUGAAACAGUAACGGCGAAUAACCCGUCGGUCAUCACCAAUGGGCAACCCUCCAGUGUGCCGCCGUCUACCGGUUCCACGUGCAACGCAUGCCAUGCCGUUACUAUGGCACCCAGCACUUUGGAGCCUCCGGCAACGGCAACACCGGCGGCGACGGCGGCCACAAAAUGUGGCUGCGGUUGUGGAUGCUGCUGUCACUGUGGUGGCAACGGAUCCGACCGGAACGCCCCGAACACCGUGGCCCCGCUCUCGUCCAACGAUGCCGAUACCCCACGCAUCGUUCCCGUUCCGCCGCAGCGCGUUGAUCUACCGCACAGCGGACCGGACUCGAGGCGAGCACCGAUCGUAACGCAAAUAGCUUGCGGCCAGCACCAUUCCCUGGUGCUCACAUCCAGCGGGGAAGUGUUUAGCUUCGGGAGCAACCAGUACGGUCAGCUGGGGACGGGUGAUCUGCAGGCACCGGCCGGUGGACGACCGCAUCUGAUACGCUUCCCAUCGGGAACCGGUACGGCCGUGUCGGUUGCGGCCGGUAGUAACCACUCGGUGGUGUUGAGCAGUCGUGGUGCGGUGUUCACGUUCGGGAACUACCACAAGGGUCAGCUGGGCCGGGAGGCCCCUGACGCCGGCCUGGUCGGUGGCACCGACAGCAGCAGUAACUUCUUCUGGCACUGUGCUCCUGCGGUGAUCGAUUCGUUUGGGCCCGGAACGGGUCGGCGGGCCUCGUGGAUUGCGGCCAGCGGUGACCAGACGUACAUCAAGGUGGAGGAAUCGCUCAUCAAUGGGGCAGCGCUGGCCAAGUACAGUGUCACUGCGGAUCGUUCGACCAUUUUGCUUAUACCUAGCAAUCAGCCGCAUCUGGCCGGAUCGAUAACGAUCGAUCGUCGUACGGGGCAUUGCCGUGCGCACCGUACGAAUCAGUUCGAUGCACGGCUCGAGCUAAACGGCGGACCACAACCGGUGCUGAAAGAGAUGUAUCGCCGUGCCCGGUGGCACUUUUCCUUCACCCUUGACCCACUGUUCAAUGUGCUCUGGGGCUACGAUGCCAUCCGGAAGCGGAUGCUGAUCUUCAAUCCGAUCGCUGCCGAGCUGUACCGGGCGGAUCGGAACGAGGCGGGUGGGUCGGCACGAUUCGGACUCGGAUCGGCUACGGAGCCACUGACGGUGUUGAGUCCGGAAAUUGCACUUCCUCAACGUUGGCAGGGCUGUGAGGUUCCUCGCUUUCAGCUGGCCCUAAAUUUGCUCGCCUGUUUGGAUGUACUGACGGAAGCGACGGAGCGUCUGGGGGCCAGUGGUCAGUGGCCACCGUUCGAACCGGGUACCGGGCUCGAUGGUGGCCCGUCAGCAGCAGCGGGUUCGAACGCUUCACCGCUCGAUGGGAAUGUUAACGUAAAUGCUUCCGAGUGGUUCACGGGAACUCGUGGUGUAUUCUGCGGCAGUAGCAGUGGCCGUCAGGUGAAACUUUGCGAUGUACCCGGUGACGAUGAGCCACAGGAGGAGGAGCUUCCGGAGCAGUCGAACCAACGCUCGGCACUGCUAACGCCAACGUUCGGGUCCAUCGAUGAGGAACCGUCGGCCAUCGCGCCAUCGAACCGUUGGAACUUGCCGCCCUCCGAGGGAGUGCACGCUGGUGAGGGAAGGUUCCCCUUUCGUUCCGGACGCUCGAAAACACCGGCCAGUGGAGCACUGAACGCGGGCGUCCAGUACCGACGUAAGAAAUCGUCGCUCGGAUCGGGAGGAUCAAGUGCCACCGGGAGUACUGCUGGUGGCGGCGCUGCGGGGAUGUUCCAAAGCAGUUCCAAUGUGGACGAGAGUGUCGUUUCGCUUUGCCCCAUAUCGCGCCGCUUCGCGACGGGCAUCAACCGGGAGACGCUCGAGUCACUCACGGAACUGCUGGGCUGGGCGUGGAACGCGUUUCGCAACUUGUCCGGCGAUCAGAAGAAAGGCUCCAGAAACUCCGGGUCCGCCGCCAAUCCGGGGUUGUCGGCGAACGGCCUGUUUGGUGAAGCGAAGCUUAUCGUUCGGCUUUCGUUCGUCUGUCGGGCGUGUUUGCGCUUGUUGCGCCGCUACCUGAACGCUAUCUACCAUCCGACGGGAUCGCGGGGCACCGGGACCGAUGAGCUGGACGGUGGCUGCAGUGACGGUCACUCGGUCGAUGAUCCGCUCGGUCGAUCGAGCGAUCUGGCGGCGGCACCAUCGUUCGGUUCACAGCAGCACCACGCCACCAGCUACUCUCCGAUGUCCUCCUCGGCAUUCCAGUUGCCGACGGCGGCCACCACCAACCAUCAGUCGCUGGCCGUGGCCGUCAUCGAGAUUCGCACGCUGCUGAUCGACAUUUUGGCCGACCGAGGAGCGACCGCUGCACCGCUCGUUGAUCGCUCGAUGCGCCGGCGCAUUGGGCGGGCCAAGCGUGAAGUGUUGGCCGAGUGUCACCGUACGUUUGUGCGAUGUUUCGACAUUUUCUACCCGACGCCACCGCUCAAGUGGGAAAUCCUGUGCCGGCGGUUCAGCAGCAGUGGCGGUGGCUCCCCCGGCGGUCGUCUACUGCUCAGUGCCAUCCUGGCGGGUCUUUGCCAACCGUCGGUUAAUUUGCGCGUUACAUUUUCGAUCCUUUCCGCCACACCGUCGUCGUCGUCGGUGUCCUCGUCGAGACCCGCUUCCGGGUCGUCCGGGGCAAUGCUAGCGAUCGCUCGCAAUCGUGACCUGUUGGCCAGCUUGAUCGAACAGAUGACGAGCGGUGGGACGACAGCGGGAUCGGUUGAAGGAUCGGUUGGUCCGGCUCAACCGCAUCUCCCCGAUUGGCACUUCCGUGAUGUGCUCGAACUGCUGCUGGAACUGGUGUCGGAUCCGGUGCGACGUAAGUUGGACCGCAUCGGGCGGCAUCGGCGGCGCGCGUGUGACAGUGACGCCGAUGAGGAUGAUAGCGAGCAGGAUGAGGACGAGCAACAGCUGCAGCAACAGGACGACGAUGACGAGCAGAGCCAGGAGCGGCUGCUGAUCCGGAACGGGUGCCGUUUGUUGGCCAAACUUUUGUCGGAAAUAAUCCACCACGGAUGCGACCCGAUCGAGCAACAACAACGGGGGGCCGGUAGCGAUCGUGGUGGCGAUCACCACCGUGGGGGAGAUCGAGAAGAGGAAACGACCCAAACGGCGGCGGCCAGUGAUCUGAUGGUUCCGCCCGGGUUGCUGGCAGGUAGCAAUCGGCUAUACAGCACCGGCAGCCGCUUCGGGAAGAUCGAUCUGGGCAAAACGUGGAACACGGGCAACUUUGGACCGGAUGCGAUCGCGUUUACGGUCGAUCGGGGUGGUAUUUCGAUCGCUGGCGCCUGUGUUUACUCUGGGUCCGGUAGCUACGAGUAUCAGUUGGAGCUACUGUACGACAGCCAUCACUCGACGCAUGCCCACUCGUACUCGCACUCGCAUCGCUGGGAGGUGCUGGAAUCGAUCGUUGGAUCGUACGAUCAGACCGCUGUCCGGCAGCAUGUGGCCGAGUUGCGGUUCAAUCGGGCGGUGCUGCUCAAGGAGAACCAUCGCUAUGCGCUGCGCCUCUGCAGUCAGGGAGCCCGUACGCUGUCCGGUGACUGUGGCCAAUCGUCACUGCGUGGUCCGUGCGGAACGGUUACAUUCCGGUUCUAUCCGUGCGAUCUAAGUUUCAAUGGGACAACUCCGGCCAGGGGUCAGAUACCGGCCAUCCUUUACUACAGCACACCCGGUGGCGCUGCUGGUCCGGGAAGCUUUCAGCUUGGCGGGGCCGCGGCUCCGGUUGCCGGUGGAGGACGUGCCGGUGAGUUGGGUAACGGUCGAACUCAGGCCCGUGAUCUGGCACUCGAAGUGGCCCGUGCCAUCGUUGGCCGGUGUCGGGAGCUUUUGACGGUGGCCCACGAGCUCGCCCUUUGGACGUCGGCUUCGGGCGGUGGUCUACGAGCUCCGUCAUCGACGGAGACGUCCUCGACACCGUCCUCAUCUGCCUCGUCCGGUGUCGUUGGGAUAGUUGGAGGAGGUGUCCUCGGUGGACCCGCCGCUGCCACCGCCGCCGGUGGAGGCGUAGCGAUCGAUUCCGAGCACAACAUAACACCGAUCGAGGAACAUCUGGAUGUGGGAAGCCUUUCGACGACCACCGGGCUGGUGAGUGUGAUCGCGUCGAAUGCGGCCAGCACGACGAUCGAACGUACCCGUCGUACGAUCGGGAAGGUGCUACCGAAGGGGCUGCUUGAAACGCUGCGUGGAGCGAGUGGCACUGGGCCGAGCGCCGCACCGUACGAUCCGUACGAGAUCGACAGUGCCUCGGAAGCGACUCCGGCCGCCGGUCCCGUUCCGAUUGGUGGUCCCGGUGGUGGAAUGCUGGCGAAUGGCAACGAAAUGGAACUUCCCGCUGGCGGCGGUGCAGGAGGUGUGGUGAUGGCCACCCCGAUACGGAAGCGCACCGUUUGGGAUCUGUUCCGAUCGCGGACGACCCGCUGUCCGUCGGUGGUCAACUGCCUGUUCCGCUAUUUGCUUCCCCUCACGUUGGCCCAACUUGAGCGCUGCAUCCGCAUGGAUCUGAAGGUGGCCGUGGAGGUGCUCUCGAUGGUACAGGAAAUCUUGCCACCCAUUACGGCCCUCAACGAGUUGCGCCGUCAGCAGCAGCCCUCUUCGGGCCACCCUGCGGCCUUGAAGACCGUGUCCAGUAUCGGUGCGACGACGAUCACAUCGUCCGCCACCAGCACCAACACCACCAGCCAGCACUACUGCAUCCUGGAGAGCGAUCACCCGUACCGAACGGCCGGGAUCACCGCGUAUCGGGUCCGGUUCCCGUCCAGUGUGCGCUGGAUGUGUCUGUCGUUCGACGCACAGUGCGGCACCGUGCAGGAAGAGGAUCGCGUUAAGGUGAAGAUUCCGAACCGCGGGGGACCGGAGCGUGACAAAGAUGGAUCACCGUCCUGCGCCGUGGACGAUUGGGUGACGGUUCGGAUGUACAACACACCGUCCCGCUGGUCUUACGGUGGGCCUGGUCGGUCGAUGGUUCUGCCGGGGCGUGAGGUGGAAAUAUCACUGGAAUCAUGUUCGACGUACGUCGCGGAACCGAAGCACCCGGCGUACGGGUUCCGGUGUCUGGUGAUUGGCUACGAAAACCCGGUGAUGAUGCACCCUGAUCACCAGCACCCGGUCACGGCCGGUGGCACUCUGAUCGCGUUGGAGCAAGAGCUGGCUCACCUGGGCGGACGGUGCAGUCGGAAUUUGCUGCGCAAGGAGCUCCGCUUCGACGAUGAUCCCGACGAUCGGCUGACGGAACCGGAAGUGGCCACCCUGGAGCGUUACGGGGGCUCCCUGCUGGCCAAGGGACUGAUGGUGCCGGACGCGAUGCUCACCAUCCGGAACGCGCUCGAUUGCCAUCUGCCAGUGCUUGAGAAAAAUUACGAGAAACAGUUCCUGCGGGACUUUAUCUACGUGGCCGCCGGCUCACCGGGAGCUCGGCUGGCCGCGUGGUUGCAGCCCGAGUCACGGUUGGAUCCGAGCCGGUGUGAAAUUAAAAUUAUCUCCCCCCAAAGUCCACCGUUGCGCGCCGGAUGGCCAUCACACUUUCGGCUCGAAACCCGGGACCAGUAUGGGGAGGAGAUCUUCGUCCCCGGCAUUAAGAUCGAAGUGAAGGCGUCGCUUCGGCGUGACACAUCCGUAAGCGCGCUGACACCGAAAGUGUCCCCGGGAACACCCACCACGGCCGCUCCGCCAACCAUUCCGUACGAACCGACGUAUAAGGAGAAGGAGAAAAGUUGUCUGCAGGCAAUCAGCGCGAUGCGCCCGUAUCAUGGCUAUUCGUUCGAGGAGCUGCGCCUGUACGCGGCCAACAUGAGCAGCACCAGCCCCUCGACGGCCGCCACCACCGAAAUACUGACGGCCAACGAUCUGGGUAAAAAUAAGUACGGCUUCGUGUGGACGCCGAUGGUGGCGGGUGCCUACGAGCUGACGCUGCAGAUCGACGGCACGCCGGUGGUGGUGGAGGAUGAGGAGGAAAUCUAUCGGCUCGAGGUGAUUGAUGCUGGUGGCGCUGCCGGUGCCGGCGUCGGUACGGGUGGCGGUGGAGCGGGAGGAAGCGGCGUUUCCGGUGUGACACCGAAAAUGCUGAGCGGCGAGAAGGGUGCCCCGGGCGGCGCUGGACAGGGCCUGAAGAAGGUGCAUCCGCCGACGAAGCUGCGGAAGUUCUUGGCCAAGAACUCGGCCGGCUUGCGCGUGCGGCUGCACCCGACGCUCCAGUCCGAGCAGAUUGGCGUGGUGCGACCGAACGGCAUCGUGGCCUAUGGCGAUGAGCUCGAGAACGAUGACGGAGUUUGGGUGCGCUUGACGGCGGAAUCGAUCCGCGAGCACUGUCCGGCUUCGUGGUUCCCGGUCGAGGCCUGGUGUCUGCAGUACAAUCAGCACCUCGGCAAAACGCUGCUGCACCCGAUCGUGGAUCCGUGCUCGACCAAGGCACUGCUGGAGCACACGGCGGCCAAGGAGGAACCGGCGGUGGCCGCCGGCGACGAUGCGGAAGACAUCGAAGCCGACGACUGCGAGGCCGAAGAGGAGGAGGACGGCGAGGAGAACGAGAACACCAUCAACUACGGUGACUUUCGGAAGGUGGCAUCGGCCGCCCUGUCGGAGGUGGUCGGUGGCGGGGCCAAGGCACUGCAAAAGUGGUUCCACCGCACCGGAACCGAUGGCACCGGGCCACUGCUAGACGAGCAACCUUCGUCGAAACCGGUUCUUCUACCGGCGACUCCCCUGAAUCAACCCCAAUCCGUGGCCCAACAGCAGCAGCAGCAGGAGCAGCAAUCUUCGCAGCACCUUCCCAAGCGGGCCCUCUCGCCGUCGGUGGCCGAAACGUUGCGGGCCGUGUUUGCGGCCUUCCUCUGGCACGAAGGGCUCGUCCACGAUGCGAUGGCCUGUGCGUCGUUUCUGAAGUUCCACCCGACCAUCUCGAAGACGGCCGGCAUAGGCGGGCCACUGGCGGGCGCCAAUGGGUCGCUGGGGAUCGGUGGAAGCCAACCGGCACCGGAACCGACGACCGCGUUGACCCGCGAGCAGAAGGUCCUGCAGCGCCACUCCGUCGAGCUGUCGAAUGCCACGCUGGACGCGCUGGAACGGAGCGGCAAUCGGUGCAUCAUCAAUCGACGUCAUCGCGGAGGUCCUUUCUCGUUCGUGGAGGCUGCCGGAGCCGGAGGAUCGUCGGGGGCCGGACCGGGUGCGGGAUCGGCCGCAGUUCCGCCGGUGGCGUUGCGUUGUCUGGUGCACCUUUGGGACCAGCUGGGUUCCAACUUUGUCCAGCUGGUCGAAACCAACUCGAACGAUAAGCGUAACGAUGAUGGCCAGGGUCCGAAAGAGUUUCCACCGACGACGGCGACGGGCCCGGGAUCAACGGGAGCCGGUGGAACUGCUGGUGCCCUGGUGGCCAGCAAGAGCGGAGUAACGCUGGCGGCGAGUGCGGCCACCGGGGCUGGUGGUGUAACGCAACCAUCGUCGACGGCGGCCCCAACUAACGGGGGAUCCGGGCCAGCCGACGGAAGUUACUGUGAGCUGUGUCGCACCGUGCUACACUCAAUUCCGGUGACGUACCACAUGAGGCUGGCCCAUCCCGGUUGCGGAAGGCCGGCUGGUGGCCAGGGCUAUAAUUCGAACGGUGUGUACUGCGAAGGAUGGGCCGGUGAUUGCGGAGACGGUGGUCAUGGCGUAUCGAGCUGGUAUCUGCUGUGCGAUGGAUGCCGGAAGCGGUACGAGGGGACCACACCGGUGCCACUGCCCGUGCCGGCCCUCGGAAUGGGCCCCGACCAUCGCCGUACGACGGAGCCACCCCGAUCGACGCUUCCUUCGGAGCUGUUUGCCAUGAUGAAGGAGAAUGCGUUCUUCCUGCUAGACCUGGCUCCCGUUGAGCAAUCCGCUUCCGGUGGUGGCAGUGCUGGUACUUCAAGUGCGGGUGCCGAAGGCUCCCUGACGGAGGUGACCGAUGCUUCGGAAUGGCCUACACCACCGGAGCGUCCUGCGUGCCUGGGAACGUUCAUCGACACGGCGGAUAUGGCCGGCCAGGCAACGACAACGGCGGCGGCACCGUCUUCUGCAGGGCGAUUUCCGGCCGACCACGGGUUCCCGCUCGGAAUGCCGGGCGGGAAGUUUCACCGGAGCGUUUCGAUGGGUCAGGGAGCCGUCGGUCCGUCGGUGGUCCUAAGACGCCGCCAGCGCCGGGACGAUGAGCGAUCGGAGGCGAAUCUCUUGAACCAUCCAUCGGAGAACCUCCGGCGGUUGGUUCCACUCGACGGAACGCCCUACCAUGGGCCGGUGACAGCGAGUGAUGGCACCGUCGGGCUCCUGGCACGUCCGGCGAUGGUUUUCAUCCUCGAGCGACACAAUCUGGAGCGGAUGCGCCGGCUGCUCAUCCGCCAACUGCGCCGUUCCCUGUGCCAUCGGUACAGCCUGCAGGCGUUCAAUUGGCUGCUCCGACAGCUGACGGAACCGAUCGGAUUGCACGACGUGAUGUGGUGGUUCGUCUCGGCCCUGACCGCCUCCGAUGCCGACACUAGCGAUCCCGGCCCCGGCCCCGACGUCGAGUCGGAACUUGGUGGUCUAGAGCAUCCGGCCAGCACGUGUGAGGGUCACCUGGGUCGUGGUAUCUCCCGGGCACUGCACGCGUACCUUUCGACCGUGUCGGAACUGACGCUUCACUUCCCGCUCGGUUCCCCGUUGCAACGGAUUGCGGUGCAGUGCUUCGGGUUGCGGUUCGUACCGUCCGACCAUCAGUUCCUGCACCGGGUCAACGUGUUUGGAAACAUUUCGCGCAUCCUGUCGAAAUCGGAAGAGGAAGAAGAGCGAGCACUCGAGGCGCAGUCGGUCGUCCGUCCGUCCGGACUGGCCGGUUACCCCGGUGAUGAUGGGGCCAUCGAUGUUACGCUCUUUCAGGACGUUACCGAUGCGUAUGAGCUGACCGUUUCGUCACGCCCGGCGCUGGCGCCUGCCCUGCUGGACAGCUCCACGGAAACGUUCUGGGAAAGCGACGAAGAGGAUCGUGGGAAGCCGAAAACGAUUGAACUGGUUCCCGGGGGGCGCGCCGGUGGUGGCGGUUCCGGGUGUCAUCUUACCCUGAUAGCGAUCCACGUGGACAACAGCCGGGACGUAGCGUGCAAAGUGACGUCCCUUCUACUGUACGGCGGAUCGCCAAGCCAUAGUCCGGCGGCCGGAGGCGAACUGUCGCUGUUGCGUACGAUCGAUAUCGAUCCGGCUGCCUGCGCUUGGCAAGCGAUUCCCGUGACGAGCGUUGGAGUCGCAGCGCCCUCCGCGGGACACUACCGACUGGAGGUGCGCGGUCCCGACGCAACGCUCCGCAUUAGGCAGGUGAAGCUGUACGGGACACGGACCGACAAUCUGACCACCUCCGAGGCACAGUCCCAUGCGCCGUCACCGAGCCCACGGCAGGUACAGUCGCGUCUCUGUGAGCAGGAAACGUUGCGUGUGUUUCGACUCCUGACGGGCCAAGUGUUCGGUAAGCUGCUCGAGGAAACUUCCACCCUGCUGGGGAGCAAUGGAACCACCACCAAUGGGGCCGGUGCUCCGGCAGGGAACGGAGGUGCAGCGGGUGAGGUCGCCGGUGGUCCGGAGCUUUCGCCUUUGCCUUCGCUCUCCGAAUCGAUUCACGAUCUGCGGGAACACGCGGUCGGGAUACUGUUCAGUCGGCGCAAACUGAGCCACCUCCAGAAGCAGAUCAUCGUCCACGUGGUGCAGGCGAUCGAGCGGGAAACGGUGAAGGCUCGCGAUGCCUGGGAAGCGGCCCUGAACGAGGACACCAGUGGUGGUGGGGUGACCACCACGAUCUACAACGACGCGUACUGCUUCGAAAUGCUCAGCAUGGUCCUUGCACUGUCCGGUAGUUCCGUCGGGCGUACGUAUCUCUCGCAGCAGCACCACCUGCUGAAGGACCUUCUGUCGCUGGCACACACCGGCAGUGAUCGUGUGCAGCGUCAGGUGAUGGCCCUCAUUCGGCGCAUUUUGCCGGAGCUGCCCUCCGAUACGCACCUAACGGAGACCGGUGCGAGUCCUAACCCAUCGAGCGAUUCCGAUUCCGAGGCCCUGCUGGACGUGUUGCUGGCCUUGAUCGCGAAAUCACUGCAAGUGCAGGUGAAGGUGAAGAACGGAGCCAACGGCCAGCAUCAGACGGUGCCUCAGAAUGUGCCCCCUGCUGCCGUAGCGGCCGCACCUGCCGUGGUGAGUUUGGCCAAUGUUACACCGUUCGCACCGUCACAGGCGGCAACGGGCAAUGGCAGCGGUAACCGGCACCAGCAGCGCUACCGUUGGUAUCUGCGUGGUUCGAUCGCGGCCAAACAGGCGGAGAGUAUUAUUGCACUCGUGCGCGAUAUGGCCAGCGGCAAGCUGUUGGAGCGGUGGGCAACCGUAAGCCGUGCGGCGGUGGCCAGCUGUUUGCUGAGUGUUACCCAGCUCGAUGAGGACUUUCGGCGGAGUGCCGAUGCCUGUAUUCGGACCGCCACGCUCUGGCUAGCCAUGGCGGCACUUUGUGUGAUCGACAAGGAGCAGAUCGGACGAUUGUCCACCAAUCAGUGGCACCGCCAGUCAGAAUCGAACCGGCCGCUUUGCAGCAACCACGACGAUGAUGUGACGUUUGCCGUCCUCAACUGUGCCCUCUGUGGAUCGCUGUGUGCCGAUUGCGAUCGAGUGCUGCACCUGAAUCGACGCACCAGGAACCAUCACCGUACGGUCUGCAAGGAGGAACAGGAUGCGAUCCGCGUGGAGCUACACGAAAGCUGCGGCCGGGCGAAACUGUACUGGCUGUGGGCGGUCGUGGAUUCGCGGACCCUCAAGGGGAUGCUCGAGUUUCGGGGCCACGAUCCGAGUGCCAGCUGUGCGCCGGUCCCCGUGACGGCUACCGGGGUUGGGGUUUGUCGGUUUUGUGGCACUACCGGAAGCAGCGGACUUUUGGCGCUCGGGAACAUCUGUCCCGAUGCGCAGUGCCAGGAGUAUGGGGCCGUUUCGUGUACGAAGGUCCACUCACGGUGUGGCCACGCGUGCGGUGGAAUCAUCAACGAGAUGCACUGUCUGCCCUGCCUGGUACCGAACUGUCAGUCGGAUGGCACGGUGGAGCCGGGUGUGCCGCGGUUAACGCAAGACGGUGAGGACAUGUGCAUGAUCUGCUUCACCGAAACGCUCGGCACGGCGCCGUCCCUGCAGCUGCGCUGUGGACACGUGUUCCACUAUCACUGCUGCAAGACGGUGCUAAUGCGUCGCUGGAAUGGACCGCGCAUUAGCUUCGGAUUUGCGCAGUGCCCCAUCUGUAAGGUCGACAUCGAGCACCCGUCGUUGGAACUGUUUCUGGCCCCGAUCGUUGCCCUGCGUCAGGACGUGAAGCGCAAAGCGUUGAUGAGAUUAGAGUACGAAGGAUUGGCGAAAGCGGUCACGGCCGACGGGACGGAUCCGACACGGUACGCCAUGGAGCGUUACGCGUACUACGUCUGCAGUCAGUGUGGAAAGGCCUAUUACGGCGGUGAAGCACGGUGCGAUGCGGAGCUGGGCGAGAACUUUAACCCGCAGGAGCUGGUGUGCGGCGGGUGCAGCGAUGUGUCGAAGGCCAAGAUGUGCCCCAAGCACGGGAUGGACUUUCUGGAGUACAAGUGCCGGUACUGCUGCUCGGUGGCCGUCUUUUUCUGCUUCGGCACGACCCAUUUCUGCGACACGUGUCACGAUGACUUCCAGCGGCUCACGAACCUGCCGAAGGGGAAGCUACCGCGCUGUCCGGCCGGACCGAAAGCGUCGCAGCUGGCGGGCGAAGAGUGUCCACUGCACGUCGUCCAUCCGCCGACGGGCGAAGAGUUUGCGCUCGGCUGUGGCAUCUGCCGCAAUGCGCAAACUUUCUAA